GAGCAACCUUUAUAUGUAGAUUUGUGGUUAUCUCCACAGUUUACGCAUUUCUCCAAUAAUGGGCAUUCCCCGUGCUCAUCCUGGCCGCAGAUUAUACACUUCUCCUUCAACUUACAGCUACUCUUAAAGUGACUUGUAACACUGGUAGCACUGUCUUACCGUCUCCACGUAUGGACUCACUCUGAUUCGGGCCAUACUAUUGAAAAUGCCGAGGCUGUCCGGUAGCUUUUUUCCCUUGAAUAAGAUCAUAAUAUUUGAAACGACUCUCCGUUAGGUUGUUCGAGCGAACCGGACUAGCUCGUCGGACCAGAGUUCGCGUAAAGGUGCUAUUACAUGGGAGCGUCGUGCGUCAAGCGUCAAACGCGCGCGCAGCACCUUUGCGCAGAUGUCUAAAUGUGCAGAUUUCAGCGUCUAACGCUAAAAAUGGCUGGCUAGUGGCACGUGGUGGCACGUCGAUACACGCCGUAGAGGUUAAGAAUUCCACAAUUUGAGAGAAGAAGAGAGAAAGAAAGACACUAAAAAUGGCUAGUGGCAGUGACACGUCAGUAGACGUCGUAGAGGCAUCAACUUGUGGGGUGUGCAUGUCCAAAGUUAACAGAAGCGAAAUUGUUAACCACAAAUGUUGUCGAAAUUGGCAUAGUGUUACUAUUGAUGCAAAUGCCAACAUUUUCUAUCCUACUAAUCAAAAGGGGAACUAUUUGGCAAAAAUGAUAUGCAACAAUAAAGAACAACUUGUAUUAAUUAAUAAUAAAGAAAAUGGUCAAUUUUCUUUUGAAAAUGUACAAAUAAACAAGGAAGUAGUGGCUGAGUCCGAUCUACCCACAAAUGAUUGCUGUAUUUCUGGAAGUGAUUCACAAGAAUCAUUUUCGACAUUAGACAAAAGUACAUUAGAAGAAAUGUUGAUUUUAGAAGUUAGAAACAGACCGCCCUUAUACGAUUACACACUGCCUUUGUCUGUACGAGGUAGAUACAAAAUUGCUGAGUUGUGGAAAGAGAUAUCUGACGCUCUUCAAGGUCUUAUGAGUCCUGAAGAAGCUAAAAAGAGAUGGAAAUCGCUUAAAGACACUUAUAGUAAAAUAGUGGCUGAAGAAAAGAAACCUAGUGGGUCAGCUAGAUCAUGUUCACAAAAACCAUUUUGAAGCAAUGUCCUUCUUACGUUCGGUGUCAAAAAAUAGAAACUCUGUUUCUAAUCUUACGGCUCCAGUUAUUGAGUCCAAUAGAUGUCAUCUUGAUGAGAGUUCAAAUAACAUGGAACAACAUAGAAGUAGUGAAGGUAUUAACAUUGUUUAAGAGCUUAUUUAUAUUAUUUGCUGACCUGACCGAUCUUUUAAUAUAAUGUAUAGUUGUUUUAAUUUAUAUGCAUCAAAGAAAUAUCAAACAAUUUAUUUUUAGAUGAAUGCCCUGCUAAACGAGGUAAAAAACCGAGCUUAACGAUGAUUUUAGUGCAUCAAUGAAUCGUAUAGCUGAAGCAUUUUGUAACAAAGACAAGCCUGUGAUAAACUUACCAAAGUUACCAGAAACAGAUGCGUUGGAUGGUAUGUUUAUGUAUAUAAAGCAAAGAAUAAUAAAACUUAGUCAAGAAAAACAGAAUAUGCUGUUAAUGAAAUUUCUACAAGAUAUUACGGAGGAAGUACAAAACGAAUGUGGAUAAUUUUAUAUUUAUUUGCGUAAUAUUGGGAGCUUUCCAGCAAGCGACACAAGUCGACACAAGU